CCGGCCUGGACUAUUUUUUUUUUUUAUAUUUUGUGAUAACUUUUAGCUAGAAGUGAACUAACUUUAACAGAUUUGAACUAUGAGAGUUAAAUUUGACAGAUGCACAGUCUUUGAUUGUGUUUUAGACGGAAGUGCGGAUUAAAUUUGAUCACUUGUAAUGUUACAUAGCUGCCGUUAGACUGAAAGCAGCAGUUUUGCGACAUUAACCUUUACUGUUCGUUAAGGCAGCAGUUUUUAGUUAACGUUAUAGCUCAAUAAUAUUUAGAAAUGUUAUUUGUAUAGCAUUUGUCAAGUUACGCUACAGAAGUGGCGCAACGGGACUCUUUGGUCUGGUUCUGUCACAUCAAAUUUUCUCUGCGCAUUUCUUAUAUUGAGAAACAAUCUUUUCACUUCAUGUCUCUAAAACAGAGCCGAUGACUUUACAUGCUUAUUUCCAAUCUAGCCAACACUUUUUAAAACACAUGAUUAAAGUACCGAACAGUCCCCAGACAUGGCAGCUUAACACCGUUUCUAAACUUGAACGGACUUGUGCUGGCCUGCUCGGCGGUUUAGAGCCAAAGUUACGCAGCAACAAAAUAAAUAACCACUCCUUGGAGUCACAUCCGACGAAAUCAUGCUGUCUCAGUUUAGUCUAAUAUUUGAAGUUAAGGGAUAGCCUAACUCGAUCAAUUAGUUGAGUAGGAGGAAAUACAUGCUAAUGGGUUAAAUGAGAUGAGUUCUACUUAUAUCGGGGAACAGGAAACCUCUCUGUGUACUGGCAACCUAAUCUGAACAGCCAGGACGGAAUGUGCUCAACGUCAAACACGUUUACAACCUACAGGCUGCCAGCACUUUGGUCUGCUGUUACACGCUGUGACACUGCAGCGAGCGCAGACAUGAGAACAUUAUAGCUAGGCUACUCACAUUAUUUAUCCUUAUGUCAGCAAUGUAGGAUCGGGUUUGCAUAUAGCCUAUAUAUGUGUAUUAUAAUAUUGUCUGUGGCUAAGAUUUGUUGUCGCCUCAAAAUUAUGAUUAGCGCCGUUUUAAAUUAUAUACAGAUGUUGACCAACUAAAUAAACAUCACUGUUUUCAAUAAUAGCAUGUUUAAAAUAUUAAUCAUAGCCCAUGUAAUAACGCCAUCAUUUAAGAUGUAGUGUAACUCCCUUUCACUUUUCUCUUUGCAACGGCGCCACUCUCUGAUAAAAUACUGUCAAGACACUUAAGGUUCAAAGCUUGUUUUUUAGUAUAACCUCUGAAGGCAGAUGGCUUGUAUUAGAGAAGCUUAUCAUUUUAUAUAAUGAGUGUUCAUUGAUGUAUAAUUUACUGACUGUUAAAUAGGCCAACUAUGUGAGUUAAGUUUGGCUUAACUUCUUGGGUCUUAAGAUGAUCAUCCUCAGUGUACCAGGAUUUAGCAAAGUUAAAGCCCAUAUAGGCUGCAAAAUAAAACUUACUUGUAAUGUCUUUAUUACAAGUAAUCCUGCACAAAUGAAAGGGAUCUGAGUUGGAGUUAAUAACUACAUAAUUUUGUCAUUGCAUAUAUUAUUUUUAUCUAUAAUAAAGUAAUGUGACUUAAUUUAUUUUUCUGAAAAUCUGAUUGAGUUAUGCUUAUAUUGGUGCCAAUAUGCAAAACAUCCACACAAAAAGUGGAACUCCAUUCCAUAAUAAACUUCAUGAGAUUUGUUUUCUUUUUUCAUGAUGCUAACAAGGUGGUAAAAGUAGAUUCAAGAAUGAAAUCAUCAAUUUUAAACUAAUCAAGCAAUCACAACUGUAAAUUCCAUAUACAUCUGGUGACAAAUGAACAGUUAUUUAUGUAAUGUAUAUACUGUUUGCAUUAUUGUUCACCUGCCCAGGGACAGGGGAUGAAAAUAGCUUUUAGCUAUAUCUCUUUAUAAUGCAUCAUAUUUCAAGUAUUGACAUGUAUGUUUAUUAUAUGUGUUCCCUGUUAAAUAAAAAAACGUAUAUAAUAAGUAUAAUAAAUACAAUAAAAAUACCCACAUUGUUAUUUUUCUACUCUGCCUACAGUAUGUGCACCUCUCUUGUGUGCCUGUAUUUAGCAGUGGAUCAAUUUUAGAGUCAUCGAAAUGAUCUAACUAUUUAUUAUUUUUGCCCUUGUUAAGAUUGUGACAGCAUGGCCACGACUGCAGAUGGCUGUAUUCAAUUCACACGCCAUGCAGGUGACGUCCUACUCAACUUUAACCGCCUCCGCAGCAGGAACAUCCUGACUGACGUCGCCAUACAGGUGGACGGGCAGCAUUUUCAUGCUCACAAGGCCAUCUUGGUGGCCUGCAGUGGCUUCUUUUAUUCUGUGUUCAUGGACCCCAAAAACGCAAACCUUAGUGCCAUCAGCUUAGACCCCAAAGUGGACCCCAAGGGUUUUUCCAUCCUGCUGGACUUCAUGUACACAUCCUGUCUGGACCUUAAGGACAGUCUGGUCCUGGCCACCAUGAACACAGCCAUCUACCUCCAGAUGGAACAUGUGGUCGACACCUGCCACAGGUUCAUCAAGUCCAGGCAUCCGAUUGAAGAGGUACAGAUCAACUCAUCACAUCUGGCUGAGGAGAUCCCUGCUUUGAGGCCUGUUGAUGAGAAAGAGCCAGACUUUAGGAACAACCACAAGUCAUCCUCAUCCCCUCUCCAGGAAUGCAGGAGCUACAUCCCUAACGUUUUCAGGGGGAUCAACACCUCUGGUUCCUAUCAUGUCUAUGGUGACCCCCACGUCCCCGCUGGGAAGCUAGAAGAUUUCCAUAAGGUCAGUGACCUUCCCAGAGAAGGGGAUUUGUCCCAGAAACGAUGCUUGCAGGUACCCAGCGCCAACAUGGCUCACAAUGAGUCCACCACUAUCAUCUCCCACCCUGUGCCAUUCCACCCAAGUUUCCCCACCACUAUCAUCCGACCAGAUGGAGCACACAGGAGCCUUCAAAGGCCUGUCUCUCCCAUGGAGGAAGAUAGCAUUCAGCACCCACAAACCAGCUACCUAACAUUGUCUCCAGGGUUUAGCAAAGGUGUGAUUUGCAGCCCUCAAAGCCCCCUCAGAUCUGACUGCCAGCCCAACUCGCCCACUGAGUCUAACAGCAGCAGAAACGCCACGCUGAGCCUCAGACAGCUCUCAGACUGCGCCAAAGACGCCAAGGCCCGCAAUUGGAAGAAGUACAAGUUGAUCGUUAUGAACCAAACUCCUGAUGAGAAUGAAAAGGAGGCUCGGAGUGGCAGCGCUGAAGCUAUAUCCAUGUCGCCCUCACUGAGCCCCUGCAGGAGUGGUGUAGCAGGUGGACACAAUGAGGUCCAGGGAGAAGAGGGAGUCAACGAGCAUAGAGAAGAAAUCCUCAUGUCUCAGAGUGUCGACAGCUGCAGUAGCAGCACCUGUAGCACCAUCAGCUAUCACAGAUGCUCCUCUUGUGGCUGCGACAGCCCUCAGUGCAUGGAAAUGGGCCACCUUUCUCCUGACUCUUACAGCCGAGAUGACGCCACCAAAAUGCACUCAGAGUAUUCCUCCUCCAGCUGUGAAAGCACCAUAUACUUCUGCAACGGGUGUGACUCCAAGUUCACAGAUGAAGAUUCCCUGAAAGAACACAUGGCCCAGGUGCACAGUGACAAGCCAUACAAGUGUGACUUCUGCCAGGCUGCCUUCCGCUACAAGGGCAACCUGGCCAGCCACAAGACCGUUCACACCGGUGCAAAGCCUUACCACUGCAACAUCUGCGGCGCUCAAUUCAACCGGCCAGCCAACCUCAAGACCCAUACCCGCAUCCACUCUGGAGAAAAGCCAUACAAGUGUGAGACGUGUGGUUCCAGAUUUGUCCAGGUGGCCCAUCUUCGCGCCCAUGUGUUAAUACACACAGGAGAGAAACCGUACCCUUGUGAGAUCUGUGGAACUCACUUCCGCCACCUUCAGACGCUCAAGAGCCACAUGCGCAUUCAUACUGGAGAGAAGCCUUAUCAUUGUGAAAAAUGUGACCUCCACUUCAGACACAAGAGUCAGCUGAGGCUUCAUCUGCGACAGAAGCACGGCGCAGUCACUAACACCAAGGCUCAGUAUCGCAGGAUUCCCAGCAACAUCAACACAGGCCUGGUGAACUCCUGCUGAGCCCACUACAGUCUCGCUGUGUGUCAUUUUUGUUUUCUUUUUGCAUCGGCUGCCAAGUUGUCAAAAGAUGUUUAUAUUUUUCAAAGAGAAACAAAGUUCUCUCUUCAUGCAUUCGUAAAUGAUGCACAUUACUUUAUGUAAGCUCUUUGGUAUUUCAAAGAUUGUAGAAGUUUAUGCUUUCGUUGUGAUUGUCUAACAACAAAAUGUACAUUUUGAAUGUGAAAAUUUGAGCAGGCAUUUCUCUUUAAAUGCAAAUAUCUUAACAGAAUAUCAGCAUUGAAGGACAGUCCUCUCUCUUAUUGGAUUGUGAGUAACUGUUACAGUUUUGCUUUAGAUAUUGGUAUGCAUUUUGCCCAGUAAUGUGGUCACAGUUUAUGCAGUUAUUUUUCAUUAGUUUAUUUUUUUGUAAAUAAGAUAAUAUAUAUUUUCAGAUUGCCAUCUGCUGGCAGAGUACGAAUAUAUUUACGUUAAGUUUGUCAUUAACACAAGGGCUUGUUAUUUUUGCCAUUUCAUAGUUUGUGGUACGUAUUGUAAUAUGUACAUAUUGUCAUUCAUUUUAAAAAAUUGCUAUGUAGAUAUUUUCUUUAUUUCAAUCAUUUCUAGCCUGAUGGUAUUUUGCACAUAUUCAUAAUGCUGUAAUUCAUAUAUUUUCAUACUUUUCAUUCAAAUAUUUUUACUUAAAAUGUUCUUGACAUGUUGAAAAUGUUUGUUAGAACCCAUGCACAGCACUUGCCAUUCUUUUAUUUAUAUUCUACAUUUUUCUUUGCUGUAUUCUAUUACCUUUUGGUGCUGCAAUGAUGCAUGUCAGCUGGAUCAUUAAAGUUUGACCGUAUUUUAUUUAA